AUGAACGCCGUCGAUGCUUCCGAGCACUAUGACAAGCCGUCUCACUCAACAGAACAGUCGCCCUCACUGUUGACGAUCAUUCUCGACACCAACCCGGCAGCAUGGUCGUUGCUGUCGUCGACGCUUCCUCUAUCAAGCGCCGUCGCCGAUCUCCUAGUCUUCAUCAACGCCCACCUAGCGGCAAACUAUACCAACAAGGUCGCCGUCAUCGCCUCCCAUUGCGACAAGGCACAAUGGCUCUACCCGUCGCCAACAGAACAAAAGCUCCCCCGGUCGGCAGCAGACCGACAUCACGCAAAGCGUCAGUCCCAAGCAGGAGACCAACUGCGGGACGCCAACCUCUCAGACUCGGCGAAGAGACUUAAAUUAAACGGCCCCUCAUCCGAUACCACAAGUAUCCGACUCAACGUGAAGCCGCCCUCGUCCUCGGUCCACAGCGGCAGCAAGUACCGCCCCUUCCGCCUCGUCGAGGAAGAGCUCCUCCACAACCUGACGCUCCUCCUCUCGUCGACAUCCCCAGAAGCCAUCACCGCAAGCACGUCGACCAUGAUCGCCGGCGCCCUCACCCUCGCCUUAUCCUACACCAACAGGGAAUCCAUCCUCGUCUCCGAAUCCCUGAUCGGCACAUCCCUCAACACAGGCAACGCGGACGGCCCCGGUCCCGGCCCCGGCCCCGGCGAAGGAGCACCUCAAACACUACAAUCCCGCAUUCUACUCAUCUCGGCCUCACCCUCCACCGACCUAGCCCAUCAAUACAUCCCCAUCAUGAACGCCAUCUUCGCAUGCCAGAGGCUCUCCAUCCCGAUCGACAUCCUCCAACUGCCUCUCCCACACCCAGACUCACAGGUACCCUCGGCGCAAGCACCGUCUGGGGACUCCUCAAACCCAAACUCGACAGUCUUCCUCCAACAGGCCGCCGACGCGACGCACGGCAUCUUUAUCCCCGCCCAUCUCUCCCCCAUCGCAAAUCCCUCCAAUAAGCAUCCCAAGCCGGGGUCCACCACCUCCACCACCACCGCUCAGACAACCGCCCAGACAACCGCCGCCUCCCAAGCCCUCCUGACGUACCUGCUCACCAGCUUCCUCCCCUCCCCAUCGACUCGCAGCGCGCAUCUGAUCCUCCCGACCCGGAUAGAUGUCGACUUCCGGGCGGCGUGCUUCUGCCACCGCAACGUCGUGAGCGUCGGUUUCGUGUGCAGCAUCUGCCUGAGUAUCUUCUGUGAACCGCCCGAGCGGGGCGAGUGCUUGACGUGUGGGACCGUCUUGGCUGUGAGUGACGGGGUGGGGAGACGGCCUGUCGUCGCUGGUGGGAAAAGGAAAACCAAGCAGACCCAGGGGACGAAGUGA